AUGUCGAACCCAAGAAUAGAAGAGCUCCCAGAUGACGAGCCCACCAAGAACACCACAGCGGAUGAUGCGUCCAGCUCAUCUGACUCUGAAGUCGAGGCUGGCGGAGAGGGCGAGGCCAACAUCCCAGCUGGCUCUGCCGUCGCAGUCCACAGCCGAAACGAGAAGAAGGCACGAAAGGCCAUCGGCAAGUUGGGCUUGAAGCAUGUCCCAGGAAUCACACGAGUCACAUUGAGAAGACCUAAGGGAGUUCUCUUUGUCAUCUCCAACCCCGAUGUCUACCGCUCCCCAACCAGCAACACUUGGAUCAUCUUCGGAGAAGCCAAGAUCGAGGAUCUCAACUCCCAAUCGCAAGCCGCCGCCGCUCAACAACUUGCUGCUGCCGAGGCCGCCAACGCUGAUCACUCCGGUCACGACCACGCCAACGAGAAUGGCAAGGGCAAGGCCGUUGAGGAGAAGAAGCCCGAGGAAGAGGACGACGAUGACGAAGAAGUGGAUGACAGUGGUCUUGAGGCUAAGGACAUUGAGCUCGUCAUGACACAGGCAUCAGUGUCGCGAAAGAAGGCUGUCAAGGCGCUCAAGGAGAAUGGCAAUGAUAUAGUCAACUCCAUUAUGGCGCUAAGUUCCCGCGCAGCAAUGAAGCUCGACUGGAGCAAAGUCGGCACGCAGCUCGGCCUUCGAGGCAGCACGGCCACCGCUCUCGCCAACUUCAAAAAGCGAAACGAUGACGCCCGACGACGAGUUCAAGUCCUGUCCGAGGAGCCCACGACUGUGGAUUUCGGCCACUACCGAUCACUCCUGAAGAACUCGGCCGUCAUCGACGAGAUCGAGCAGUACUUCAAGACGUUCCAGCCCAAGACCUACGACGUGAACAAGCAGCUUAAAGCGAUCGAGAGUUUUGAGCAAGUCGCGCUUAAGAAUGCCGAGGAGACGAAGACCAAGGUCGAGGUGGAAUUGAAGAGCUUGGAGAAGGCGCUGAACGAUAUCGAGGGUGCAAGACCGUGGGAGGAGAUGACCGUGGACGAAAUUACUGCUGCCGCCCCAGAAAUCGACGAGUACACGGCGAGAUUGGUCAAGAAGGGACGAUGGAUGCCUCCUGGAUACUUGGAGAGAUUCCCCAACCUGUCUGUUCUAUAG